UGCCACCUUUAUAUAAAGCACUUGACUGUCUAAAGUCUAUUCCCCUUAGCUAUUUCUGGCUAACAAAUUGACUUCCAUUGUCAUUGUGUGAUCUUUUUUUAUUUUGUGGUCUCUCUCUAUUAUUGUAUUGUAUACUAGUACUUAUUUUUUUCUUCUAUUAAGCUUGACUAAUUUUUAUUUAUCCUUGAAGAUAUUUUAGCCCCUUGAAUAAUGCAUAUAUACAUAACUUACUAUGUCUCUAGAGGAGCUCAUAAGAAUUGAGAGUUUAUUAAAUCAUAGUACUUAAUUAAUGUCUUGUGAAACAACUAUAUAUAGGUGCAGAUCAAGACCAUUUGAUUAAUUCUAAAAGCAACAAAUCGAUACUUCAAAACUAAGAAUUUCAUAAGGAAGUUUAUGGGGUGAUGCACAUUGACAAUGCAAUUACUAUGGAGGAUAAAGCUGCUCCAGCUCAUAAUGAUUCAAUUGUUAUGUGCUGAGGCUUUGUUAACUUUCAAGGGUUCAUUUGCUGGUCCACAUAAAUUCAAAUGCAGCAUUGUGAAACAACCAUGUCAAAUUCAAUGCUCUAAACUAAAUGAACCAGAAACAGGUGGAGUAAAAGCAAAGUUAGAAAGGAACAUUGACACUCCAACACAUAAAGAAGCUCAAGUUAAAAAACAAGGAGGAAGAAGGGCUGCAGUCAUAGUUGGUGGCGCCGGUGCCGCCUUAGUCAUCAUCAUUAUCAUUGUGGUGGUUAUUUAUAUCUCCAUGAGGUGUUGUAAAAGAUUUAAAAGGCAUUCAUCUGAUUCUGCUUCUUCUGUGCCAUCUCAAGCUGUUGAGAUGGGAAGAGUCAACAACUCACAGUAUGUUAAUGCUUACUAUCCACAUUAUAUGCAGCACACAAGAUUGUUAACAAUUUUGGAACUAGAACAAGCUACUGGAAAUUUCAGUCAAAGUAACAUUAUAGGUGAAGGUAGAUUUGGUUUUGUGUACAAAGGUUUGCUUCAAGAUGGAUCUUUUGUCGCUAUAAAAAGGCGCUUAUUUGCUCUAACUCGAGAUUUUAUCCCAGAGGUCAAACAGAUAGCUCACAUACACCACAUUAAUCUUGUCAAGCUUAUAGGCUAUUAUGAGGAUAGCUAUCAACAAUUACUUGUGUAUGAAUAUCUCCCUAAUGGCAAUGUAGGGAAUCAUCUAUAUGACAAUGAAGGUUUACCUAUUGGAAAGUUAGACUUGCGGCGUAGGGUAUCCAUCGCUUUAGGCGCGUCCAAAGGACUAGAACAUCUUCACAGUUUGGUCCCUCCUUUGUUUCACAGAAAUUUUAGUACAAGAAAUGUUCUGUUAGAUGAAAAUUAUACUGCCAAGGUUUCUGAUUAUGGAUUCUGCAAAUUGCAUACAAAAUUUAAUCAGGCAGGUUCAUCUUCAAAUGUUGAUUGCUUUCAUGAUCCAGAGUUGAGCUUAUCAGAAAACUAUUUGGAGCAAAGUGAUGUAUACAGUUUUGGGGUGUUUUUACUAGAGUUGAUUAGUGGCUGUCAAGUCCAUAACAGAAACAUGCCAAACCCAGAUGAAAAUCUAGUAUUUCAGGCAAAAAAUAGAAGUGGAUUGGACAAGUUUGUUGACACAACACUUGGUGAGCAAGAAAAGAAUGGUGGUAGAAGAAUGAUGAAGUUGGCUUUGGUAUGUGUGGAUGUGAUUCAUAGAAGACCAUCAAUGGCACAUAUUGUGCAAGAAUUGGAGAGGAUACAAAGAGAUAUUGCUCCUUUGUAUUCUCAAAUCAAUGAGGAGAUUGGUGUGGUGACUCUUGGGAGUGAGCUCUUUCAAUAAGCCUCAUUGUUGCAACCUUUUCUUGGUCAUAAUUGUUAUAUUAUAUAGGAGUAUUUGUACUAUGGUUAUUGUUGUUGGUAGUUGGUAAAGUAAUGAUCAUCCAAGAUUCAAUUGUAAUUAUUAUUACUAGCAGAAAGAAGGUAUUAACAUGUCUACUAAAUGUCUAUUUUUUUCUU